AUGGCCAUCCUCAGCAGCCUACUUCCCAUUAUCUUCACACAUGCAGCCCACCUUUUCACCCAUAAAGACAACUCCAUCCCCCACUCUCUAUCCCAAUCAUUUCUAAGAGAUCUGAUCAACUGUAGGCUGGUCCUGACUUGCAAUACCGCCCUCUCUCUCUACCUUCACCUGUCGGUACGGCUUCUGCUUCACCACUCAGGUCAGCAUGCUACAUCCCUCCCAUACAGCGGCCUUCUAACCGUCCCUUGCAGUUACUUUCAACUCAGCAACAUGGCUCGAAAGAGGCCUGCUCCCGAGGCCAUCGAGCCCACCACUGCGUCGAAGAGAGGCCGGACUUCCAUGACGAAGAAGACACCCGCAGCGAGAACCCAGGAGACGGCGCGCAAGAGGGUUGUGGCUCAGAAAAAGCCCAGGCAGACAGUUCAUGCUCCUACACAGGAGGAAAUCGCAGAAUACAAUGCCGAAGAGCAAGCCACAGCUCCCAUAGGCCAAGCAAAAACUACGUCGACUGAGAGAGAAAUUGCAGCUCCUAAGAAUCAGGAAACAACCACGGCCACCAGGCCGAACAACAGACGGAAACAAACUGCACCCAACAAGAAUCAGAAAGCAACCGCGUCCACCAAGCCAAAACGGGCUGCAGCUCCGAAGAGCCGGAAAGCAACUGCUUCAACCAGACAGAAACAAACUACAGCCCCCGAAAACCAGAAGACCCCCGCGUCCACUAGGCAGAAGCGAGCGGCAGUUCCCACGGAGGAACAGGAGGCACCCCCCACCAAGAAGCAGAAACAGAGUAUCUCCACUGCAGCUGAACAUGCUCCAUCGAAGACCCAGGUCCCCUUUGUGACCCCUCCCCCCGAGGCAAAAGCGGCGCCUACCAGAUCAUACGUGUACAACUUUGAGUUCUUCGAAGAUAUGGCCAAGACGAUUGCCAGCAACUUUCCUUUCGUUGAAUUCGCCGCAAGACAUUCAUGCAAUAUCCAUGAGGUUGCUCGAGUGAUCAGUGCAAUUAUUGUCGGCCCUCUCUCUGAUCCUUCUUUUGAUUGGUACGAUAAUGAGGAUUUGACGAUUCCAAGCUAUGUGACGAUGAUGACGGAGGCGUGGGAGCGGCAUUACCAGAAGAUACUCGUGGCCAACAUACAGCCGGUCGAGUCUGACGACAGCACUCAUAGGACUGAGGAUUCCGAUGAAUCUGAUGAUGGGUCAUCUAGUGACAGUGACAGUGAUGCUGCCUCGAGCAGUUCUUCGGACGAUUCUUGCCUGGCCCCAGUAUAUCUCGUCGAUGAGGCGAAAGACGAAGUCAGCGAGGAAGUCAGAGCGACGGUGAUGAAAGCAGUGAGAGAGCCUCCGUUGAACAAACCGAAGUAUGUCCCUGUUGAGAGACGUCGUGUGCAUGUCUACAAAGAUGAAUGGGGCAGCUACGUGCCAGUGCCUACGAAGGAAGAACAGGGAGAGCAGGAGCGUCGCCAUUGGUCGGAGAAAGAGACCCGGCGCAUCCGUCAGAACCGAGGCAGAGGUAUGCUGGGGCCAUCGUCGCAGAUGCAAGAUGUACCUGAAGAGCUGGACGUGGAGUUGGAAGAAGAGAAUUUCGGAGACAUGGAGUUGGAGAUGGAUCCAAACCUGCGUCGCGCUGUGGAGAAUCCGUGCCCAGCAUUUGUGGGAGGGAACCUAGGAGAGCAAUUUGGAGCGUUCAUGUUCUGA